AUGUUGGAGCAAGCCGAGCAUCAUUUUGUGCCCAUCUUCACCUCAAUCUUGCUGCCUCACGCCUUUGCCUUCUGCGUCGCACAGUUUUUGCUCAGGCGGCACCAUGGUAAGAAGAUGGAGUUUGUCCAAGAAGUGUCGGAAGCCGAUAGCAGACCUCGAAGCUUCUCUUUCAUCGUGUCGCGAGUGGCCCCGAUGUGGGCCAUUCGUGCCCUGUCGAUUUUUUCAUGGUAUGCCUCUACACCAAGCCUGGAUUACAUGUAUUUGAACUUUCUGGCUCAGCAGUACUCCAGCGGACCACUCGUUGACUGCUCAAGCCAGAUGGGGUCCGCUUCGUGCAGCCGAGCUGUGGCAGAUCUCAUGCAAUUGAAGAUUGUGAAAGGCUUUGCCCAGCCAGUGAUUCAGUUCUGUGCGGGGCCAGCGCUCGGUGCCAUCAGUGACGCCUUUGGCAGGCGACCAGCAAUUCUCUGUCUUCGUUUUCUAUUGCUUCUUCCCACUGUGGCAGCAGCGGCUGUCACAUGGUUUGACCUCUCCAUAUGGGUUGAGUUUGCUGUGCAAUUUGUUGGCAUGAUUCCCUACAACCCUGUUCCCCUUGCCUGGUAUAUGGACCGAAUUGACCAUACACCCAGCUUGGUCAUGGCAAACUCCAUGGUGGAGAGCUCAGGCAUUCUUAUUUCAAUCCUGGGUACAUUGUUCGGUAGCACUCUGGGCCUCAAGCAGGCAAUGCUUUGUGGCAUGCUUGGCAAUCUGGGGUGUCUUCUCCUUGCGGUAUUCUGUUUGCCGGAAUCCUUGCCUGAGGAGAAAAGGGUCAAGUUCACUUGGUCCAACCUUCUCCCAACUGCUGCGCUGCGAGUGCUUUUCGCAAGUCCUCUCAUAGAAAAAAUCACAGCAAUCUCAGUCCUCGAGUCCUUCCACUAUAUUGGCUUCUACACUGUGGCAGCCCAGUUUUUGCAGCAACGGCUGGCGUGGUCCCGCCGCGAGACGUAUGAGAACGACAUGCUGGCGCAAGUUUCUGAGAUGCUGUGGCUGACUCUGGGAACUGCCGCCUUGUGGCCGCUUUUAGGACAAGUGGGCAUCAUUGCAGCGAGCACAGUUGCAGCAGGCGUGUCAGGCCUAGCGCUCAUGCUGUCAACGGAGCGCUGGCAG